CUAAUUCGUAUUUCUCCAAGCGGAAUUUCAUUAUUGAAAAAGAUGUCAAGGCAGAAUCGUUGACGCUGGAAACCCACCGAGUAAUGUAUGUACAGCACAUAGAUAGGUGCAUAUGUACAUGUACAUGUACAUGUCGGCCUCGGUUACUUUCAACAAGGACACCAGAAAGAGAACAGCAGGGGGGGUGCCUGCCAUUGGGAAGCCCAUUAUCAAUAACCACUUGCUCCUUCUCGUCCAGCAGCUGGGUGCAUGGCAUAAAUAUCUCUCCCUGUUCAAUUUUUCUCUUCUUCUCUUGUGUUUUCCUUUCUCGCCGCGAUAUAUUUAUUUAUAUAUAUGUGUUAAAUAUCCGCUUCGGUCAGUCACUCGUUUACUGCGUAGUCACUUAAAGUCACUCGUUUAUUGAUUGCUUGCUCUCUAUUCCUGUCUUCGCGCUCCUUUUCCUUUUCUUUUACAUGGGAGAUUGUAUUUGCCAUUCCAUUGGCGUCACUUGUUUUUCGAACUCGGUUGCAAUGAGUUAGAGUGAUUUUUCUGUUGCUCCGUUUCGUUUCUCCCAUCAUCCGUUCAAUAAAAUAUGUUUUGCGCUGCUGCUGUGCCAUACCUCUUUACCUAGCUUUGUUGUCCUGCGGAUCGCAAAGAGGGAGCCACAUUGGGGUGCGCACUGCAGUAUCGAUCCAAAACCACAUCGGAUACCAUGAGAUUCCUCAUGGUACUACUUUAUGUAGUUAAUACCCUCGGGAGGAUCUGUUGUACUUGGCUAGGUUGUCAUCGCAGGAAGAAAAGGCGAUAUAGGCCGCGGUCGGAAGAUGAGAGCCACGAGCUCCAGGGACAGGGAGUCCACCUCUCUGGACAGGAUAGAUCGCGCCAGGGAUAUCAUUUCCGAGAAGCAAACCAGCCACGUCGUCAAUUGUCUGAAGUAGAGCGUGCCCAAGUCGCGAUGGCUUUGGGGAAUCCACGCUAUCCUCUUCCACGGCAGGCUGCUCCAGCGCCUGCUCCAGCGCCUGCUCCAGCGCCUGCUCCAGCGCCUGCUCCAGCGCCUGCUCCAGCUCCAGUGCAUGCUCCAACUCCAGUGCCUACUCCAGCUCCAUCCCCAGCCCCAGCCCCAGUGGAAGCUGCAAAAGGGUCUUCAGAGAGUAUCCGAGUCAGAGACAUUCCUCCUGCGGUCGACGGCCAUCAAUCAGACCAAAACACGGAUGCCGCUACCAGAGAGUCAGAUGCCACACAGCAACAAACAAAUGAACCCCGAAACAUCCAACCGAUAAACACCCCUGUGGCUAAGCCCUCUGCCCAAAUGACAGAGGAUGAGAUCAAGGACAGGGUGAUUUCAGAAUGCAAUCCCGUUGAAAGUGAAGACUCUCCAUCCAGCCCUGUUUGAAACCGUCGCAGCAUUGACACAACAAGAUGCGAAGCGAUAUCAAAAUGUAACUCCCUGCUUGAUGACUAGAUAAAAAGGGAUAGACUAAUGGCGCGGGAAAUGUAUGAAAUGGAGGCGAACAAUUUCAAAUCCAACCAUGGGGUUGUUCGGUGAUAGUGUCAAAUUGCAUGAUUGAAC